AUCAUCCACGUCGUGCAGCUUCGGUUCAAGCCAGACAUCGGCAAGGCCAAGAUUGACACUGUGCUUGAUGAUCUGAAAUCGCUCAAGCAUCAGUGUGUCCUUCCCGACACCAAAGAGCCAUACAUCAAAUCCAUCACCGCUGGAGCCGACAACUCCAUUGAAGGGUUGCAGAACGGGUUUACUCACAUGAUUGUCACCGAGUUUGAAACCGUCGCGCAUCGUGAUUAUUAUGCAAAGUCGGAUCCCGCUCAUCUGGCCGUGGGCGGUAGCUUGGGACCUGUUUUGGAAGGGUUGCAGGUUCUUGAUAUUGAUUCAUGA